AUGAAUAGAUUUAAAUCAAAAUAUAAAUUGCCUCCUAAGAUGAAAACCCAACCAAUAGAUCCUCGUGUAUCAUAUUAUGAAGUGAAAUUGUAAGAGUUAAGUUCAGAACCUUCACAAAAAUACAAAGUUUAAUAAAGCACAUCACUAACUCAUGAAGGUUUUGUUCGUCAACGGAAAACCAUAAGUGAUUAUAAUAAAUUACCAACUCCUCUUCCCAAAAUAUAGACUGUUCGAAAAUAUAAUGAAGAAUAUAGAAGCAUAUUUAGUUAAAGGAAUCUAACUAGAUUAGUUGGUGGAUUACAAUAAUUGUUGUGAUU